CAUGAGUAAAAUGAAAGUCACAUUUUCAGAAAUAAUGGGAAGUGCAGAUGCUGGAGAAUCCAAGAUAACAAAGUGUGGAGCUGGAUGAACGCAGCAGGCCCAUCAGCAUCUCAGGAGCACAAAAGCUGACGUUUCGGGCCGAGACACACAUUUUCAGACCAGUUCUGUGUAUUGCGCUUGCAAAAUCCAGGUCCCAACGAUGAACUCUUCAGGGUGCUUACAAUGACGGACGAAGCCGGCGCUGCCUGGUUUCUACAUGUUUCAUUUUACUGACACUUUGUUCGAUUUAAUGUUACUGUGCAGCAUGUUGUAACAUACUUUGUUUAAACAGAUGGUUAUCUCCCACAGUCCAAGGACUAUUUGCGAUUCUUGCAAUUUCACUUUCACUUCUGAUGAGGCCCAGAACCCGCAGGAUCGGAGGCAGCGCACAAACGUAAAGCCUUCCGUCCAUUCGUCCGAGAACGCCGCUUUGUUGCUAAAGGACAUUGCUGUUUUCAGUAUGCUUGAUGUUUUAUUUGCAACAGAGAAAAUAUUAAGGGAGGAACAAUCUGAUUUAGAACUAAACUAUUCUGAAUGAAACAGAAGAUUUGCAACCAUUUAUGCACCAUCAAAGUAACAGCACCACCACAGCUGACUUCCAGAUGGCAACUACUGGAUAUUUAAAAUUGAUCAGACUCCUUACAGCUUUCCUCACCUUUUCAAUAACAGAUGCUUUACAAAAUGACCAGAACGGUAAGGAGGCAUCAGAUUUCCCGUUCACAUCAGAUGGUCAAAUGUAUCCCUGGAACAAGAUGAGAUUGCCUAAAACCAUUGUCCCAGUGCAGUAUGAUCUGGUUAUCCAGCCAAACUUGACCACACUGAAUUUUUCUUCAUCUGUGAGAAUUGAAGUUUUGGUUGAAUCGGAUACCAACUCUAUCAUUUUACACAGCAAAAACCUGGAAAUCAUCAAGGCAACAGUCAUACCACUGAAAAAGGAUGGAACACCUGGGUUGGAAAGCAACUUGGAAAUUUUAGAAUACCCACCAUUUGAGCAACUUGCACUUCAGGCGGAAGCACCCUUGCACUCAGGAAACACGUACUUGAUUAAUAUUGACUACAUUGCGAAUCUGUCAGAAAGCUUUCACGGCUUUUACAAGAGCACUUUUAAAAAACAAGAUGGUGAAAUAAGUGUGUUGGCAGCUACCCAGUUUGAGCCCACUGCAGCCCGCAUGGCAUUUCCAUGCUUUGAUGAACCUGCUUUCAAAGCCAAGUUUUCAAUCAAAAUACAAAGAGAAUCCAGACAUAUUGCUGUAUCCAACAUGCCCAUUAUAAACUCUGUUGAACUAGCCAAUGGACUUAUCGAAGAUCAGUUUGACGUGAGUGUUAAAAUGAGCACAUACCUUGUGGCUUUUAUCGUGGCAGACUUCAAAUCGGUCAGUAAGGAAACCAAGCAUGGCGUUAAUAUUUCUGUGUACUCUGUCCCAGAGAAGAUCAAUCAGACGUCAUUUGCACUUGAUGCAGCAGUCAGACUCCUGGAAUUUUAUGAAGACUAUUUUAAUAUUUCAUACCCACUGCCUAAACAAGAUUUGGCUGCUAUCCCUGACUUUCAGUCUGGGGCAAUGGAAAACUGGGGUCUGACCACCUACAGGGAAUCAGCACUACUUUACAAUGCUGCAACCUCUUCAGCCUCUGACAAGCUUGGAAUCACCAUGAUCAUAGCGCAUGAACUGGCUCACCAGUGGUUUGGAAAUUUGGUAACCAUGGAGUGGUGGAAUGAUCUUUGGCUGAAUGAAGGAUUUGCCAAGUUCAUGGAAAUUAUCUCGGUUAACAUCACAUACCCAGAGCUUCAAGUUAGAGAAUUCUUCUUGGAUAAAUGUUUCAGUGCAAUGGAAGUAGAUUCCUUCAAUUCCUCCCACCCAGUAUCAACUCCAGUGGAACACCCUGCACAGAUCCAAGAAAUGUUUGAUGAUGUCUCCUAUGAGAAGGGAGCUUGCAUUCUGAGCAUGUUGAUGGACUAUCUGACAGAAGAUGUUUUUAAAGCUGGCAUUAUUCAUUACCUACGUUGCUAUAGUUAUGGAAAUGCAAAAAAUGAGGACUUGUGGAACAGUCUGACUAAUAUUUGUCCAUCAGAUGAUACACAUGGAAGCAGACUAAGUGAGCAACAGUUUUGCUUAGGAAAGCCAGAGCUAUCUCCUGGUUCACAGUGGUUCAUGAAAGAUGUUCUUGAUGUGAAGGAAAUGAUGAACACGUGGACACUUCAGAAGGGUUUCCCACUGGUUACCGUUACAGUGAAAGGAAGACAAGUAUUAUUACGACAGGAGCUUUAUCAAAAAGGUUCUAAUUCCCAAGAUGAAAAUUCUGAAUCUUCAAGCUAUCUGUGGCAGAUUCCACUGACUUACAUUACGAGCCAUUCCAAAACUGUCCAGAGGCACUUGAUGAGAACAAAAAAUGAUGUUAUCACUCUUCUGGAGGAAGUGAAUUGGAUAAAGUUCAAUGUGGAUAUGAAUGGCUAUUACAUUGUUCACUAUGAGAAAGAUGGAUGGGACGCAUUAAUCAAACUACUGAGAGAAAGUCACACUGUCCUCAGCAGCAACGAUCGAGCCAGCCUGAUUAACAAUGCCUUCCAGCUUGUGAGUAUAGGAAAGCUGCCUCUUGACAAAGCCCUUGAUUUGACACUUUAUCUGAAGAACGAAGUCAGUACUAUGCCAGUAUUCCAAGGUAUGAAUGAGCUCAUACCCAUUUACAAGCUUAUGGAGAAGAGAGAAAUGGAGGAAGUUGAAAAUCAAAUGAAGAUGUACAUAGUCAACUUAUUUAAGAACCUGAUAGACCAGCAAUCAUGGAGUGAUGAUGGCUCGGUCUCUGAACGGUUGCUGCGCAGUACGUUACUGGUAUUUGCCUGCAUUCGCAAGUAUCAGCCCUGCGUUGACAAAGCAGAGGAAUACUUCAGAAAAUGGAUGGAUUCCAAUGGUACAUUGAGCUUACCUACUGAUGUUGCAUUAGCAAUUUUUGCAGUUGGAGUCCAGACUACAGAGGGAUGGGACUUCUUAUUUGAGAAGUACAAGCACUCACCUUUUACCUCCGAGAAGAGCAAGAUUAGAGCUGCCCUGACAAUCAGCAAGAAUACAGAGAAACUUCAAUGGUUAAUGGACCAAAGUUUGCAAGAUGACAUUAUCAAAACACAAGAUCUGCCUUCAAUUGUUACAUUAGUGAGCAGAAAUCCAACUGGAUAUCGUCUUGCUUGGGAAUUUUUUAAGAAGAACUGGAACAAGUUAAUAGAAAAGUUUGAACUUGGAUCACCUUCAAUUGCAUACAUAGUGGCUGGUAUUACAUCUCAAUAUUCAACAAGGCUUCACCUUGAAGAGGUCCGAGGAUUUUUUGAAUCAUUAAAGGAUAAAGGUUCUCAGCUCCGAUGUGUUCAGCAAGCAAUUGAAACAAUAGAGGAGAACAUCCAGUGGAUGGACAAGAAUUUUAUUAAGAUUGCUACAUGGUUGGAGAAUUUAAAAUCUCUUGAUUAAUUCAGUGACUAUCAUCCUUCAUCCUUAGUCAUUUCAUCAAAUACCUUGCAGAGACACUGUUCUUUCCUAUGUUGUCUUGGUUAUAUUGUGUUUCAGAUAAAAUGUUAUUUACCCAUGCCCUCUACUUUCUCCAAGACUUUCUGUUCACCGCCCCAAAAUCGAUAUCUUGACCAUGAACGUUUAGCCGUUCUACACCUGUAUCCCCCAUGAAGACGGCCUAAAAGCCCCCUCUGUUUAUUCCUCUCCUGCAGGGCAAACUGUCCACCUCCACCGACCCUCUUAUCCACUUGGCAGAACUUGUCCUCGCUCUCAACAACUUUUUCCUUAACUCCUCCCACUUCCUACAAACUAAAGGGGUGGCUGUGGGCACUUGCGUAUGUCCGAGCUAUGCCUGCCUUUUCGUAGAAUCCAUGGAACAGUCCCUCUUCUGCAGUUACAUUGGCACCAUCCCUUACUUCUUCCUCCGCUAGAUUAAUGACUGUCGGUGCUGGCUCGUACUCCUGUGAACAGUCCAUCCACUUCACCAAUACUUUUCAGCCUGACCUCAAAUUCAUGUCUCUGCCUCCAGCUCUGGCAACCAACUUGGCACUGACAUACAUUUCAAACCCAUUAACUCUCUCAGCUACCUCAAAUGCACCUCCUCUCACCCAUUCUCUUGCAAAAAUCCAAUUCCUCCGCCUCCACUGCAUCUGCUCUCAAAAUGAAACAUUCCUAUCUUGGACAUCCCAGAUAACCUCCUACUUCAGGGACUGUAAUUCCCCCUCUCAUAAUUCAUAAUGCCCUCAACUGUACCUCCUGCAUUUCCCACACUCCUGCCCUCAAAACACCCUCUCCCCAACCAUAAUAAGGACAUCUUGUACAACCCCACCAAACUCCAAAUCCAAUGCAUUAUUCUCUGCCACUUUCUCCACCUGCAAUCAGAGCGUACCACGAAAAAGAUAUUUCCUUCCAUAGGGACCGCUCCCUCUGUGACUCCCUCAUCUGCUCCACAUUCCCUACCAAUCCCUCCUCCACAGCUGGUGCCUUUCCCUGCACCUGCAGUAAGUGCUACACCUGCCCCUACACUUCUGUCGAAGGCCCCAAACAAUCAUUCCAUAGCAGACAGGGAUUCACCUGUACGUCUUCUAACCUGGUCUGUUGCAUCUGUUGCUCCCGAUGUGUUCUCUCUAUAUCAGAGACUAAGCAGAGACCUAGUGACUGAUUUGUGGAGCAUCUGUGCUCUGUACACGCCAAUCAAUAUCACCUUCUGAUUGCCAGCCAUUUCAACUCCCCCUCCCCCUCCCCCUCCCUCGGCGACAUGUCCAUCGUUGGCAGGCUCCACUGCCACAAUAAGGCCACACACAAACUAGAUGAACAACACCCUGUAUUCUGCUUCGGGAGCUUACAGCCCAACAGCCUCAGCAUUGCGGUCACCAGCUUCAAAAUCUCCAUACCCACGGCCUCAUCCCAUGUCCAGCUCUCCCUGUCAUCCCCACCUCAUUGACCUGACACAAUUUGUCCAUCUUCCUUCUCAAACCCUUCCCAUUGACCAAUUUCUACAAGCCCCUACCUACAUCAACCAAUCACCACCCCACCUUCCAUCCCCCAGCCCCACCCCCUCCGUCUGUUUAUUUCUGAGCUCCUUUCCUCUUCCCCAGUCCUGCUGAAGUGUGACUUUGCUGCCCUUCAGAAACUGUCUGACUUGCUGUGCUCCUCCAGUUGCAUAUUUUAUUGACUUUGAAAAUCCAUGUAUAGUGAGACCAUUGCUGCUGUAGAACCCUCAAUACUCAAAUAUGGACUAAAAGAAAAAUGAUUGAAAAGACCUAUUCGAUCUAAUGGCGGACUGUAGCAGGAAUUGCUUUUGCUACAGAGGAAAUAUUUGGGUAACAUAUUUUUAACUUGUAUUUGUUUUUGUUGAAGACAAAGAAAUACAGCUCACAGUAAAACAUGUUUCAAGGGAGAUUUUCCUGGAUUCUGAGGUCAUUCUAAUUUAAAAUCCCACAGUGGAACCUUGAGCAAAAACUGCAUUCUUAAGAACAAGAUCAUUUGCUUUGAAAUGACACCCAGAUAAAAUUUAAAAUAAACAGCCAUUAUCUUUUUAAGAAAAAGUUGUAGCCCUUUUCAAAAUCUCAUUUCAUUUCUACUGUUUCAACAAGACAUUUUAAAAAGGAAAUUAUAUCAAGGCACAAGCUAUAGUAGAUAGUUAAAUGUGAUUGGUGAUUCUUGGUACCUUAGUUAAGAAUUUUUGAGCUAUCAUGGUUUAUAUUUGCAAUGAGCACAGUUUUGAACCUGUUAUGGAUAGAAUUUUAGGAUAUUUAGCUGUAUUCACACUGCAGAAUCUCUUCACCCCACACAAAGCUGGGCUCUCAUCUCAGGACAGUGAAUUGGGUUUAAUAACUACGUGUGAUUUCCUUAAAGAAAUGAGUAGGUUGGCAGAAACUCUACGGUUGACAGCUUGAAGGCUAAAACCCUAUUUCAUAGAAUUAAAGAGAAUGCAGUUACCAAACAGAAUUAUUUGUGAUUUAGGCAGUGAGGCGAAUAAGGCCUUUUCUAAUUUAAAUCCUGAGCCAGUUUAGCUUUAAACAGUUAAACUAGAGAAGGUAACUCACUGUUUUAGUCCUCACGUUUAAGUAGAAGAGGUCUCAAAAUUGUGAAAUUAUCGAGGUUUGACUUCUUAAAAUUUUUAGGCUUUUUAAAUUCUUUGUUUAUUAUGCUGUUAUGCCUUUCUCUUUUACAGUUAGAAUCUGAACUGAGGUUGCCCAACGUUUAAAGUUCUUCCUUCAUAUUCUGAUGUCCUGCAAUUCAAUGGGUGGGUCAUCCUCAGAAAGAGGGCAAUUACAGUUAAACAAAUAAAACAUAUUUCUCCUUUUUUGGAGGCAGUUAUAAUCUAAACCUGGGUCUUAUUAUGAGGUUCCACAUGUGGCUUUUAUUAGGUGAGUCCAUCUGGUCUCACCGUGCCUGGUGCUACAUCUUCUGCACAGGGUUCCUUUACCGGCCAGGAUUGUGCAAACUCCAGAGUGAGUGCUCUAUCUGAGGUCACUGGCCCUGUAACAGCUUUGUGGAUGUUUUGCCACAUCCAAGGCUUAACAUGGUCAGGAUCUGGCAGAUUUCAGUUUGUUUAAUUUCAAGCUCCAUUGUACAUUUAUACAGAUUUGAUAAAGUUCUGGAUUAGUAGAAUCAUAGCAUCUUUAACACGAGAAAUUUGCCAACUGGCCGAUAAUUAAUGUGCAGGCUCUUUAACAGAGCUUCACAAGCUUCAGAAAUCUCCCCUCCCCCUACCGUGUCCCAAAACCAGCCCAGCUCAUCCCUGCCUCCCUAACCUGUCCUUCCUCCCAACUAACCCCUCCUCCCACCUCAAGCCCCACCCCCAUCUCCUACCUACUAACCUCAUCCCGCCUCCUUGACCUGUCUGUCCUCCCUGGACUGACCUAUCCCCUCCCUAACUCCCCACCUACACUCACCUUUACUGGCUCCAUCCCCACCUUUUUGACCUGUCUGUCUCCUCUCCACCUAUCUUCUCUAUUCAUCUUCUAUCCGCCUCGCCCUUUCUUCCUAUUUAUUUCAGAACCCCCUUCCCCUCCCCCAUUUCUGAAGAAGGGUCUCGGCCCGAAACAUCAGCAUUUGUGCUCCUCUGAUGCUGCUUGGCCUGCUGUGUUCAUCCAGCUCUACACCUUGCUUCGUCGCCACAGAGUGCAGUGGAUGCCAGGACGUUGGAUGCCUUCAAGGCAGAGAUCGACAAAUUCUUGAUCUCAUAAGGAAUCAAGGGCUACGGGGAGAUUGCAGGGAAGUGGUGUUGAAAUGCCCAUCAGCCAUGAUUUAAAUGGCGGAGUGGACUUAAUGGGCCUAAUGGCCUUACUUCCACUCCUAUGUCUUAUGGAAACGUCAGCUUUCCUGCUCCUCUGAUGCUGCUUGGCCUGCUGUGUUUGUCCAGCUCUACACCUUGUUAUAUCAGAUUCUCCAGCAUCUGCAGUUCCUACUGUCACCAAACUAUUCUAGUUCCAUUUUCCAGCACCUGGCGCUUAGCAUUUGCAUGCCUUGGCAUCACAAGUGCACAUCUGAAUACCACUCAAAUGUUAUCUUAGACAGACUGGCCUGUACUUACUAGGUUCAUGCCAAUCUUAUAUUUUUGUGAUUUUGAAUAUACUUAAGAAAAUAUAAUUUGAACAUAGACAUAAAACCCAAGAUGGCAAAAUAUCAGUUGGAAUGACACAAGAUAAUUUAUAAACCAUGUUCUUUUUUGUUCUGUCAAAUGAAGGUAUUAUUUUUGAACACAUCAUUGUGAGCAAUAAUUCAAAUGAAAUGAGAGAUUAUGGAAGUGUGUGUGCAACUGAUAACCUGGGCCCAAAAUGGGUGCCAUUUUCCAAAUAUGUCUGGUUGAUAGGGAACUUUAACUUUUACAGUUGAAAAAAUAGCACUGUUGAUUUUGAAACAAUGGAAAUUCAAAGGUUAAUUAUUGAGUAUCUAGCCAUAGUAAGUAACUGUACUAAAACAGAUAAAUUUGUGGUAAGUGACUACAUUUUAAAACUACGUAAUUUGUUGUAAAGCACAUUGAGGCAUUCUCACAUUGUGAAAAGUGCUGCAGUGAUGCAAGUUCUUUGUUAUUUUUGUGUGAUAAUUCAAAAUUGUUGGCAAUUUAUUUCCUUAGGAUAAAAAUAAAAGUGUGCUUAUUAUUAA